AUGGACAUCCCCAUACCUGAUCAAAUUCCUUACACCGGUGAGGAAGGAGGUCUUAAGUUGGAAGACAUUGCUGCUGCUUUACACUUACCAAGGGCAGAAAUUAACAAGGUUUGGAUUAAUAGAAGAGACUAUUUUGGGAUACCUGUGGAUUUCUUAUACGAGAAGGCCAAGAUUUUUGCUAAAGCCUUAAGCAUGGAUGCUUUGGAAAGUGUUCUAACAGUAUCAAAAAGACAAGGUUGUGUUCUCGGAUGUAUUCUUCUUCUACACAAGUGGUUUAUUUCACACUUGCCUCGAUCAGUAAUAAGGAAUGAUGAGGGUUUGACUUGGAUUCAUAGAAUUAUGAAGCUUUCUUAUGAUUACAUCAUCUGGCAUCAAAAAGAGUUCGAGGGCAUCCAGUUAUUUGAUCGUUGCGGAGAAUUCCCUAAUGUGCCUCUUCUUGGUACUCGAGGGGGAAUCACUUACAAUCCUAUCCUUACUCGACAUCAGUUUGGUUUUGCUUUGAAAGAUAGGCCACGUUCCAUAUAUCUUAGUGCGGAAAACUUCGACUACGAUUCCGAUACAACCGAAAAAAAGGGACGUUUCAUUAAGGCUUGGUAUGAGGUAAAAAAGGUGGGUAUAAGAGAUUUGGGAUUAAGAAACUAUACUCCUUCAGACCUCUAUUUGAGAUGGAUUUACGAUCGAGUCGUUGAGUUUGGAAUACCAUAUCCAUCUGACACACCUGUAGUUCCAAGGAUUACUCCUCUAGUCAUUCCUGUAGAGGUGGAGCCUUAUGUACCCGCUCCAGACGAAGACGUUGCUGCCACUAUUGCUUGCUUGAGACAAGAAAAAGCUGAUCUUGAAAUACGCUUACGUGAGGUUGAGGCUGAAAAAGCAGUGUUAGUAGCUGAUGCCAAAGAGCGAGGCGGUAUGCUUGACUAUUUCUCCCGUAAAUGGAAGAUUGAAGAUUUUAUCUCUCCAGAUCAGAUACACUCAUGGGAACAAGAAAUUGAUAGGCUUGUUCAGGAAAGGAAUGAAAUGAUCAAAGCUCAUAAAGAAGAAAUCAGGGGGCUGAAGAGGAAGCAACGACUUGAAGAUUGA